AUGCCAGCUGUGAUGAAAACAAUCCAAAAUUUCACACCUCGUUGCGGAUCCCAACUCAUUUCGAUCGAGCUGAAUUUUGAUCCUACACAACUUCCUGGCGGCAAAUUUACUGACUGGAUCAUUGUUGGAGUUUCUGGCAAGUUUUUUCCGCUUCAGCCAGCACAAAAUGUUUUUCAAAAUCGCAUUCGAAUUGGUAAAAAUCCAGUGGUCAUCCUAGAAAAAGAUCAAUCAAUUACUGUAAAAUGUGUUUAUGGGCUACCUACAAUUGAGACAAUGACGCUCCCUGUCAUAAAUUCUAACUUCAAUGUGGACAAUUUUGCGUUUUCGAAUCAUUCCGAACAGUUUUCAACUAAUUCUCCGUCAGAAGCUAAUUUCAAUAUCAACGAAUCAAGUAAUAGACAUCAGUUGCUAGAAAAUAGGGAAUCAUUGGAUGCUUACAAAAAGAGUCGAAAAUAA